GAGCUCUUCAGAAACAAGCCGGCCACCAUUGAUCCGUCGAUCUCCCUCCUCUCUUCUCCGGCCCCGUGCAGCAAGCAAGCCGGCCGGCCAGCACGUUAGCUACCUAGCCUUGCUGCCAUGGAGCUGAGGCGGCUGCUGUGCCUGGUCGCGGCGGUGAGCUGGGCGCUGGCGGUGGCGCGGUGCGACCCGCAGGUGCCGUGCUACUUCAUCUUCGGCGACUCGCUGGUUGACAACGGCAACAACAACUACAUCGUGUCGCUGGCGCGCGCCAACUACCCGCCCUACGGCAUCGACUUCGCCGGCGGCCCGUCGGGGCGCUUCACCAACGGACUCACCACCGUCGAUGUCAUCGCGCAACUUCUGGGCUUCGACAACUUCAUCCCGCCGUUCGCCGCCACGAGCGGGGAUCAGCUCCUCGGCGGCGCCAACUUCGCCUCCGCCGCCGCCGGGAUCCGCGCCGAGACCGGGCAGCAGCUGGGUGGUCGGAUCCCGUUCGCGGGGCAGGUGCAGAACUACCAGACGGCGGUGCAGACGCUGGUGAACAUCCUGGGCGACCAGGACACGGCGUCGGACCACCUGAGCCGGUGCAUCUUCAGCGUCGGCAUGGGCAGCAACGACUACCUCAACAACUACUUCAUGCCGGCCUUCUACAACACGGGCAGCCGCUACACCCCCGAGCAGUUCGCCGACGCGCUCAUCGCCGAUUACCGCCGCUACCUCCAGGUGCUGUACAACUACGGGGCCCGGAAGGUGGUCAUGAUCGGGGUGGGGCAGGUUGGGUGCAGCCCCAACGAGCUGGCGCGGUACAGCGCCGACGGCGUCACCUGCGUCGCUCGCAUCGACGGCGCCAUCCAGAUCUUCAACCGCCGGCUCGUCGGCCUCGUCGACGAGUUCAACGCGCUCCCCGGCGCACACUUCACCUUCAUCAAUGCCUACAGCAUCUUCAACGACAUCCUCGCCAACGCCGCCUCUUACGGUUUCACGGUGACGAACGCGGGGUGCUGCGGAGUGGGCAGGAACAACGGGCAGGUGACGUGCUUGCCGUUCCAGGCGCCGUGCGCCAACCGGGACCAGCACAUCUUCUGGGACGCGUUCCACCCGUCGGAGGCGGCCAACAUCGUCGUCGGACGGCGGUCCUACCGCGCCAAGUCGCCCAACGACGCCUACCCGAUGGACAUCAGCACGCUCGCCUCCAUCUGAUCGAUAAUAAUUCUGUUGGCUCACCAAGGGUGGAACCGGAAUUGAUUCAAUUCGCCGUGCAUCCAUUCCUGUACAAGCGCGUAUAUUUGUAAUUUUGGCGAGGGCAUACUUCGAUUCGCAGUGGAUAUCUAGACAAUAAUUAAUUGAUAGUAUAUUUCAGUUUUCAUUUUGUUUCUAUGCUGAUGCAUGCCUGAAUGGGCAAAAGAUCGAAACAGGCAUGCAUGUUCUGUAACUUACUAGCCGUGUUCUGGAGAGACAGAGGUAGGGUCAAGGGAUGUGUGGGUCUCAUUCAGAGAAAUGUAUUUAACAGAUAAGAAUUUCAAAGGAUUAUACCAAAUAUGUAGCUUCGUUCGUCAUUUGUUCA